AUGAUGCCUCAUAAGGGAAGAAAGCAUUGUUUACUGCCUGACGUCCUUAGCAACCUUCCUGAUAAUGUAAAAGAUGUCAUUCUGAUGUGUCUGCCUUGUAAAGAUGCUGUGAGGACAAGCAUUUUAUCGAAAAAAUGGAGGUAUAACUGGUGUAGACUUAUAGAGUUGUCGCUUGAUGAAUCCCUUUGGGAAACAAAAAAGGACUUAUUAAACCCUACAAUUAAAUUUACCAAGAUUAUCUACCAGCUUUUAACCCUUCAUGAAGGACCCAUUACUAAGUAUAGCCUCGACAUUGGUUUUCUAAAAUCCUGUCCUAAGAUUGACAACUUCAUAUAUUUCCUAUCUAGGAAUCACAUUCAACAACUUGUUCCUCGGCUCUCGGGGGGUAAACUGUACAACUUGCCUUCUUCUGUUUUCACAUGUUCGCAACUAAGGCAUCUAACUCUUCAUAACUGCUUAAUACAUCCUCCGUCGGCCUUUCGAGGAUUUGAUAAGUUAAUUAGCUUGGAAAUAUGUAGAGUCACAAUUUCCUCUGAAUCGCUGGAAAGUUUAAUAUCUCAUUGCCCGUUGCUUGAGCAAUUGGUUCUGAGAAUCCCAGAAAUGUUUAUCAUAGUUGAAAUUAAUGCACCCAUGCUGAGAUCGUUUGAUUUCACAGGCUAUAUAAGUUCUGUCUGCCUAAAGAAUGUCCCUCGUCUAGUAAAAGCAUCUCUGGCAUGUUGUGAAUUGUAUGUACAUGAUCUUGACUUAGCAGAGGUUUUCGAGUCUUGUUCUUCUCUCGAGCACCUUAAAUUUUUCCUAGUUUGUUCCUGGAAAAGAUAUCAAGCACCAACAAGGCUUCCAUUUGAUAUUACCAGUGUCAAGAUACUUUACCUGCUUGGUAUUAUGCUGUUUAAAUCAUCAUAUGAGCUCCCAUAUGCUCUUUGCUUGAUAAGAAGCUUCCCAUAUUUAGAGUAUCAAGAAAUUAAGGUUUACUAUGAAGAUGAAGAGAAUGAUUGUAUUCUAGAAUGCCUUGAACUCGAACGUUUCUCAGAUGUGACAUUUAAUCAACUUAGGGAAGUUAAGCUAGAACGCUUUGGAGGAACCAUACCUGAGAUGCAGCUUAUCAAGCUUUUGUUAGCCAACUCACCGGUGUUGGUGAAAAUGCUAAUCGAUACACGUGAUCUAGAUGAUGAACCUCUUGACACAAGAUUAAAGAUAUUCGCUGAGGUAUCAAUAUUUUUGCGUGCAUCACCUAAAGCAGAAGUAGUCUACAUAAAUUUAAGCAGAUCAGGAUCUUUGGCUUAG